AAAACUCUUAUGAAACAAAGUAGUUCAGUGGCAGAAAAGCAGGUACAGAGAAGACGAGAGGGAUCCGCACAUCUCAGCCACAAGCCCGGCUCGGCAGCACUUCGCCUUACGCUGAAACGAAGGGAAGAAAUGCUUCUUUCUUUGGGCUUGACAUAAACUUCACCUCCGGGGAGCCAGUACAAGAAUAACAAAAAAUGGCCCCAAACUCCAUCCACUGGUUCCGAAAGGGCCUGCGUCUCCAUGACAACCCGGCGCUACGUGAGGCGGUCAAAGGGGCGGGCACAGUUCGCUGUGUUUACUUCCUGGACCCGUGGUUCGCAGGCUCCUCCAACGUCGGAGUCAACAGGUGGCGGUUUCUCCUUCAGUGUUUAGAGGAUCUGGACGCCAGCCUUCGAAAGCUCAACUCUCGCCUUUUCGUCAUCAGAGGCCAACCAGCAAACGUGUUCCCACGACUCUUCAAGGAGUGGAAGAUCUCUCGGCUGACCUUUGAGUACGACUCAGAGCCUUUUGGGAAGGAGAGAGAUGCUGCCAUCAAGAAGCUAGCCAUGGAGGCAGGCGUGGAGGUCAUUGUCAAGAUAUCACACACCCUCUACGACCUGGACAAGAUUAUAGAGCUGAAUGGUGCGCAGCCUCCUCUCACCUACAAGCGUUUCCAGACCCUGAUCAGUCGACUCGAUCCUCCUGAGAUGCCUGUGGAGACGCUGUCGGACUCUUUCAUGGGCCGCUGUGUGACCCCCAUCUCUGAGGACCACGGCGACAAGUUCGGGGUCCCGUCCCUGGAGGAGCUGGGCUUUGACAUCGAGGGCCUGCCGACAGCUGUGUGGCCGGGAGGAGAGACGGAGGCUCUGACCAGGAUAGAGCGCCAUCUGGAGAGAAAAGCAUGGGUGGCUAAUUUCGAGCGCCCCAGGAUGAACGCCAACUCGCUGCUGGCCAGCCCGACAGGCCUCAGCCCGUACCUCCGCUUCGGCUGCCUCUCCUGUCGCCUUUUCUACUUCAAGCUCACUGACCUCUACCGAAAGGUGAAAAAGAACAGCUCCCCUCCGCUCUCUCUGUAUGGCCAGUUACUGUGGCGUGAGUUCUUCUACACCGCGGCGACCAACAACCCGCGUUUCGACAAGAUGGAGGGGAACCCGAUCUGCGUCCGCAUCCCCUGGGACAGAAACAUGGAAGCACUCGCCAAGUGGGCCGAAGCUAAGACUGGUUUCCCCUGGAUAGAUGCCAUCAUGACCCAGCUAAGGCAGGAGGGCUGGAUUCAUCACCUGGCCAGACACGCAGUGGCCUGCUUCCUCACCAGGGGCGACCUGUGGAUCAGCUGGGAGGAAGGGAUGAAGGUCUUUGAAGAGCUGCUUCUAGAUGCAGACUGGAGCGUGAACGCAGGCAGCUGGAUGUGGCUGUCCUGCAGUUCAUUCUUCCAGCAGUUUUUCCACUGCUACUGCCCCGUGGGCUUCGGCAGGCGCACCGACCCCAACGGGGACUUCAUUAGACGAUACUUACCUAUCCUCCGAGGUUUCCCCGCUAAGUACAUCUACGACCCGUGGAACGCUCCGGAGUCCGUGCAGGCGGCCGCCAAGUGUAUAAUCGGCGUUCAUUACCCGAAGCCCAUGGUGCACCACGCAGAGGCCAGCCGGCUCAACAUCGAGAGGAUGAAGCAGAUCUACCAGCAACUCAGCCGAUACAGGGGACUAGGCCUGCUGGCAUCAGUGCCAUCCACCAAUGGCAAUGGGAAUGGAGGAAUGAUGGCCUACUCUCCUGGAGAGCAGCAGCCAGGGACCAACAACAACAACAACAACUCACAUUUGCCUGGAGUGUCGGGGAGCUCUGUCGCAACAGGUAACGGCAGCGGGAGCAUCUUACUGAACUUUGACACCGAAGAACAGACCCAGUCGAGCAAUGCUGCGCAACAGCAACAACGACUGCAACCGCCACAGCAGCAGCAGCAGCAGCAGCAGCAGCAUGGAUACCACUCAGUGCCAGACGCCAGCCAGACCAUCACCAGCAGCUUACACUACCACGAGUUUGCUGUGCCUCAACACCCAGGACUGCUUCUGCACUCCAGAGGUAUCACAGGAAAGAGAGAGCGCGAGUCGGAACGUGACAGCUCGGGGGAGAAAGAUCCGGCGUCCUGCUCCAUCAACAAGAUGCAGAGGCAGAGUGCAGAGACCACCUAGAGCCGGCAGACCUGAGACCGUCUGAAUGCAUAUUAGGGGUCACAACUCGGCCAGUGGUGAGAGAGGGACUUCCUGACGUCGCCACCUGUCCUCCAAACACACACACCACUCCAGAAGUGACUGCCUCCUCUUCAAACACACCGUGGCGUCUCAGCCUGCUCCGUCUUUUACCCUCAGAAAAUCCCCACGGGUGUAAACACAAAGGUGAAAAUGUGAUUAGGGCCUCUGCGUCGCAGAUUCCUUUUCGUCCUGUGCAGACAGGCAUGACGGCCUCAGAGGAAUGUGCAAACAGACAGAAUGCCUCAAACUUACAGCUCGACACAUUCUUUGUGACUGCCAGCAGCCAGUAUAUACUGUAUGAACUCUUGAGCAGCUAUAAAUGUAAGUUGUUUUUUUUAAAAGCUGCAAACACAACUCUAACUACACUACAAGCUAACAUGCUGCAUCCCUGGAAAACACCAUCACCGCCGAACAUGCUGACGGCUCAGUCGCACUCUAGGAAAUAUGUUUGUGACAAAUGUAAUUUUUAGAAAAAAAAAAAGGUGUUUAUAUCGAUAUUUUUGUUUGUUCCUCGUUGUAAAAUUGUAAAUAAGGUUAAUUAGAUUUUUAAGCCAAUAUUUUAUCCCAGAAGAUAAGAAGUGUGCACAUCCAGACAUGAGGGACGAGUUUCUGUUUCCUCUUCAAGCGCGUCGUCUCAGCGAGUGUUUUCUCUGCUUCUGUCCGACUAGUCUGCUUGUAAAUACGAGCUUCUUCAGGCACGGGAGGUUCAGUUGGUGAGCGAGCCGCCUUUUUUUUUUUAUAACACAAAUCGGACUAUUAACUGUUGUUUUCAUGGGAGCGUUCACUGCCUGGUUAGCUUACGCGAUCACUUGAUUUGUAUCGGCAGCUAAAAAGCAGCGAUUCGUACAGAUUUUCUGAUUUUAUUUAAGAUGAUAUCAAGGAUAACAAACAGUCACAUCGG